UUGAAUAGAUUUGGGGUUGUGGUUGGUUCGGCCCCCAAGUUGCACCUCCCGGUUCUCCUUUGCUUGAUAUUGCAAGGAGGUUGACUUCAAAGAUGGCAGUGGAUUUAAACCACUAGCAAGGCAAAACAACAAAACACGGAUUUUAGGCCAAACUUUAUGUUUUUGACCAAAAUAAACAAUAAAAAUACAAAUACAACUUCACGAGGAAGUGUAUCAAUAACAACAAAUGAUGAGUUAAUUACUUAACACAGAGAAUUCCGAGAAUUCCCUGUGAAAACAACGAAAAACCUAGAAAAACACAAAAACGAAACUAAAUAUUUUGAAAUGCACGUGGAGAGCGCACACACACACAAAACACGUCAAUCUUUUACAAGAUGGCGCAUUUGUGGUGCACAUCCUCUUGAGGAUGACUACCAGUUUUUUCUCAAAAAUCCCAUUUUUCUACGUUUAAGGGUCCCGAAGCGAUUCACCUAUGUUUAAAGGUACAUGCAUUUUCAAAACACACCGCUGCAAGACCCAAAUAACCAGUUUUUCCUCAAAAAAUCCCAUUUUUCCUACAUUUAAAGGCGCAUAAAAGGUCCCGAAGCGAUUUACCUAUGUUUAAAGGAACAUACAUUUCGAAAACACACCGCUGCAAGACCAAUUUUCAUUGAAAAUACAUGAAAAUAGGCCUAAAUUUCUUGAAAUUGUCAUUUAAAGGCUCAUAAAAGGUCCCGAACCUCUCAAUUUUUGCAGAAUGCCGGUCCCUACACAGCGAAACUCGUCGAGCCAAUAAUUCCCUCAUUUUUGGACGCCGACCUUCAAAUUCGCUACUAUUCCUGCGAAUCUCUUUACAAUAUCGCAAAAAUCUGUCGUGUCGAUGUUCUUUCGCAUUUCUCGGAUAUUUUCGAUGUUUUAUGGCGUGUCACUGCAGAUACAGAUCAAAAUGUGAGAGGAGGUGCUGAACUAUUGGACAGAUUGAUUAUGGAUAUUGUGUUGUCCAAGGAGGAUUUUGAUAUUUCGAUUUUGAUGACGUUGAUUAGAGAUAGGAUUUAUACACAAACUACUAGUAAUCGACGAUUUAUUAUGCAAUGGGUUCGGAAAAUUUCGAAGAUUUUAUGAAAAUUGAUGUUUUUAGAACUGAAAAUGCUGAUUUUUGAGCUUUGGAGCUUCAAAAAUCGCAAUUUUCAGGUCUAGAGACCUUCCUGAGCUCAAAAUUCAGAAUUUUGAGCAUUUUUUCAGCUCCAGAACCAUCUUUUGUCCUUCCAGAGCUCAAAAAUCAACAUUUUCAGGUCAAGAAUGAUUCUAAACCUGAAAAUUGCGAUUUUUGAGCUCUGGAAGCUUCAAAAUAUGAUUCUAGACUUGAAAAUUGCGAUUUUUGAGCUCUGAAUCUUCAAAAUUGCGAUUUUUGAGCUCUGGAGCUUCAAAAUACGAUUCCAGACCUGAAAAAUCUGUAAAUUUAGCUCUGGAGCUUCAAAAACCACAAAAAUUGCCUGAAAUCCCUAAAAAUCAAUAAUUUGCAUCAUUUUUCAGCUCAACACCAUCAACUCAACUCCCUAUUUUUCCGUAAUCCCAUUUAUUUCUGAAAUCUCGGAUGGGCUCUUCAAAAUGCUCGGUGAAAAUGCUCCAGCAGUUCGUGAGCUGUGCGAAACAGUGCUCGGCAAUUUCUUGGUUGCUCUCAAAAAGAGCCCCGAAAAAUUGGCGCCAAUUGAUCGAAUUCAAAUGGUUAAUGUUCUCGUGGCUCAUACCCACGAAAAUGAGCCAAUUUUGGCGCGAAAAUUGUCGUUGAUAUGGUUGGAGGAGUUCGUGAAACUCUACAAAUCCGAGCUUUUGCCUAUGUUGAGCACUUUUCUCGUUGGCAUUUUGCCAUCGAUUGAUCAACACGAAUUGAAGGCGGAUUGUGUGAAUCGAUUGUUGAUGGGAUUGAUUGGCGAGGGAGUGAGAGACGCAGAGAAAUUGGAGCAGAAGGAUUUGGAUAAUACUAUUGGUGGGUGGAGAGACGCAGAGAAAAGGGCGCUGCUUAUUUUUCUCUGCACCCUCUUCACUUUACACAUAGGCGCUGCUUAUUUUUCUGAGCUCCUCCCACUUUUUGAAAAUAAGCAGCGCCUAUGUUAAAAAUCGAGAGAGCGCAGAGAAAAAUAAGCAGCGCCCACAUUUCUGCAUUGAAAAGUGGGCGCUGCUUAUUUUUCUCUGCGCUCUCUUGAUUUAAUGCAUAGGCGCUGCUAAGCUCCGCCCACUUUUUGAAAAUAAGCAGCGCCUAUGUUAAAAAUCGAGAGAGCGCAGAGAAAAAUAAGCAGCGCCCACUUUUUAUUGAAUGAAAUGUAGGCGCUGCUUAUUUUUCUCUGCGUCUCUCUAAAUAAUGCAUAGGCGCUGCUAAGCUCCGCCCACUUUUUGAAAAUAAGCAGCGCCUAUGCAUUAUCUUGAGAGAGUGCAGAGAAAAAUAAGCAGCGCCCACUUUUUAUUGAAUGAAAUGUAGGCGCUGCUUAUUUUUCUCUGCGUCUCUCUAAAUAAUGCAUAGGCGCUGCUAAGCUCCGCCCACUUUUUGAAAAUAAGCAGCGCCUAUGCAUUAUCUUGAGAGAGUGCAGAGAAAAAUAAGCAGCGCCCACUUUUUAUUGAAUGAAGUGUAGGCGCUGCUUAUUUUUCUCUGCCCUCUCUCAAUUUAAUACAUAGGCGCUGCUUAUUUUUCUGAGCUCCGCCCACUUUUUGAAAAUAAGCAGCGCCUAUGUUAAAAAUCGAGAGAGCGCAGAGAAAAAUAAGCAGCGCCCACAUUUCUGCAUUGAAAAGUGGGCGCUGCUUAUUUUUCUCUGCACUCUCUCAAUUUUAUGCAUAGGCGCUGCUUAUUUUUUUUUCGAAUAAUUAAAAAAUAAGCAGCGCCUAUGUAUUAUUUGAAGAGACGCAGACAGUCAGGCGCUGCUCUCAUCAUUUUCCACUUCAAGACCCAAAAUGUUUACAGAAAUCCUGCUGAAAAACAUCAAUCAUGAAAAAGUUGAAACCCGUGUCACAGUGCUCAAUUGGAUCCGUCAUCUUCACACAACAAUGCCCACCGAAAUCUUCGCUCAUCUCAAUUCAAUCUUCCCCCAACUUCUCAAAACUCUUUCCGAUGAUUCCGACGAAGUCCUCCUAUUGGACCUAUUCCUCAUCUCAAACAUUUGCCAAUCCGAUCAAGAAUUUCUCAAAAAAUUCUCCGAAAACCUACUGGAAAUGUUCAGAAAUGACGCGAAUCUGCUAAAUGAGCGCGGUGUUUUGAUUAUCCGCCAACUUUGUCUGCUUCUCCCACCAUCGAGUAUUUAUCGAACAAUUUGUGAAUUGCUUGAAAAAGAGGAGAAACAUUUAUUUGCUCAGAAUAUGGUAUCAACAUUACACGGUGUUUUGCUAACUGCUACAGAGCUUUUUAUCCUUCGAGAUGAAUUAAGGCAUUUAGAAACGGAAGAAUCCAAAGAAUUAUUUCAAUGUAUAUUUCGAGUUUGGUCAAAUCGACCAAUUGCUUUGAUUGGUCUAUGUUUAUUAUCACAACAUUAUAAAGAAUCAGCUGAUAUUUCACUUUUAUUAUCACAAGUUGAUAUAACUGUUGAUGUUUUAUUGGAAAUUGAUAAAUUGGUAAAUCUCAUUGAAAGCCCCGUUUUGGCCUAUGUUCGAAUGGAUUUGUUAUCUGCCAAUCAUCGCCCGCCACUUUGCACAGUGUUAUCUGCAUUGCUCAUGUUAUUGCCACAAUCGGAUGCGUUUGUUACGCUUCAUAAAAGGUUGCAAGCUGUUCCGGCGUUGGUUUCGAUUGAGUGA